AUGGCUGAUGUCGCAGCACCCGAAAUCCCCCACCAAGAGGAUGUUCCCAGCGAUGCUCCAUCGGCAGAUGAUACUACUGGAAUAACCUCUGAAGUUGAGGCGGAGACGGAGACGGAGAAAGAGGCACCAGUGAAGGAGGGGACAAAUGGGCUGAAGAAGGAGAAUGUUCCUCCCAAGCGGGGAAUCCGACCAGGAGUCUCAUCGACUGCAACAAAACCUACGGCCUCAAGCGCUACUCGAACUACGACUGGAGGGCUUUCAAAGCCCCCUACACGUGCGCCACUUGGAUCUUCAGUUCGGAAGCCACCGAGCAGUGCAACUGCUCCUACUUCUGCCAGUGCUGGCCAUAGAUCUCAAGCUUCUCAAGCUUCACUUGGUUCCGGCGACGAGAAAAAGAAGACUCUCGGCACCGCACCGCGAAGAACCUCUUUGGCCCCAACUGGAGCACAUGGAUCUCCAGCCAAGCAUGCAGAAACUGCUGCAGAAAAGAGGACAAGUGCUGCUCCCUCUGCUACCCGGAAACCCGCUACUUCUAUAAGCUCAGCAACUCCGAAGCCCGUCUCCAAGCCUCUGUCGAGCAGCACCACAACAAGACCUACUCCAUCUGCGAGCACGACAGCUAGCAGAUCUGUCCCGAUGUCAAAGCCUGUCCCAACCAGUGCAGUUGCUGAAGCCAAGAAGCGUCUUUCAACCAUUGCUGGUUCGCCCAGCACAACGAAACCUGUAGCACCUCGACUCGCUAGUCAUGCUACCACUCCAUCUAAGGAGGUCGAAGAGCUCAAGGCCAAAUUGGCAGACAGCGAGAUUCGGGUUGAGGAGCUGAAGAGUGAAAUUACUGCUUCUCAAGAGAAACUCCUGGAACUUGGCAAGCAGGUUGAAGAGGAAGCGAAGAAAGUAUCCGAAGCCGAGACAAACAUCAAGACGGAGCACGACCAGAUGAUCGAAAAGCUUCGCGCACAGCACAAAGCGGAUAUCGAGGAAUUACAAGCUCGAUUAGCAGAGGCCGAGACAGCUAAGACAUUAGCGUCAGAGUCAUCUCUGAGAGCAAUUGAAGAAGCACAACAAGCAGCAUCAGCAAAGGGUGCAUCGGAGAUAGCAGAAGCACUUGAGAAGCUCAAGAGCGAGCAUACCUCUGCGCUCGAAGCAUUAAGCGCUGAAUUAGCUCAAGCCAAGGAGGCCCAUACUCUUACGUUAUCAGGAACAUCUGAGAAAGAGACUGAGAUUGCAUCCUUGAAGUCCCAAAUCGCCGAGGACAAUCAAAAGCUGGAAGCUUUACAAGCCGAUCACCAAUCAACACUUGAGGACUUGCAGAAAUCAUUAGCCGAGGAACACGAAUCGACACUUUCUUCUUUAAAGACAGCUCAUGCGGCAGAGCUUGCUAAGGGAAACACAGAUGCCACCUCUGUAUAUGAGAACCAGAUAGCAGAACUCACCCAAAAGCACGAGUCUACCGCUAGUGACCUUCAAACUCGCCUUGACGAGGCGAUCGCCGCUCAAGCUGCUUUAGAAGCCAGUCACAAGGAGAAAUACGAUGCUCAGUCGGCGGACUCUGCAACCGCUUUAUCAAAGCUCGAGGAGGAAAUUGCCAACCUGAAGGCAAAAGCCGAGACUGAUUCAGAGGCGUUGGCCAAAUCGUCGAAGGAGAUCGAGGACCUACUAGCCCAGACAGAAUCUGCUCAGCAACAAUUGUCUUCAGCUAAUGAGGGAUACGACGUUUUGCAGAAGAAGGUUGCAGCUUUGGAAGCCAAGAAUGCAGGAGAUGAGGAAGCCGCCGCUGCUGCCCAGACUGAAUUAGCAUCAACUAGGCAAGAAAUUGCUUCAUUACAGCAGAUGAUGGAUACUUUCGAUGCUGAAAGCAAGAGCAAGGAUGAAAUGCACAGCAAAAUUAAGAAUGAGCUCGCAACGACUGAGAAGCAUCUUGAAGAUAAAGCCAAGGAGAUCGACCUCUUGCAAGAGAAGCAUCAAAAGGAACUCAAGACUAUCUCUCAGGAUUACGAAGCAGAGAUUGACUCCCUGCAAGGCAACUCGGGCAUUAGAGAAGAGUACGAGGCUUUGAAAGUCAAGCACGAAGAGCUUGUCCAGUCCCUCAGUGAAGCUACAUCAACUCAUGCUAGCGAGAUCGAAGGCCUCACGACUAAGCAUGAGCAACUUCUCAAGGCGCAUAGCGAUACAGCAGCCGCUCAAGCUCAAGAAUUAGCAGCUCUUAAGGCAACGAACGAAGAGUUGGUCAAGUCUCAUGGAGAUUCCAGCGCCUCAAGUGCUAAGGAUCUCGAAACGCUCAAGUCUGCACAAGCAGAGCUGAUAAAGUCUCACGAAGAUGCGCUGAGCACGAGUGCAAAGGAAAUUGAAGCAUUGAAAGCUGCACAUGAUGAGCUUACCAAGACUCACAAUGAUGCAGCAUCUACUCAUGCACAGCAGCUUGCCACCCUCAAGGCAACUCACGAGGAGCUGAUGGGAUCACAUACAGCUACUCUGGAAGGCCAGAUCAAAGAGAUUGCACAACUGAAGCAAGAUCUCGCUAUUGCGACUGCCGCCCUUGAUGAGAAGGAAGUAGCUCACCAAAAUGCUCUUGAAGAGUUGAAGUCAACGCACGCCAAGAACUUGGACGAAGCUCACGAUCGGGCAAUUACUGCAGGUCAUGCUGCACAUGCAUCGGAGCUUGAACAAUUACAAGCUAACCACGCCGAAGCUAUUGCCAAGCUGAAAUCUGAUCACUCUGAGGCCGUGGCUGCGGCUCUCCUUAACGCUGAGAAAGUUCAAGCAACUGAAACUGGUCUUCAAGCCGAGAUUGCAAAGGCCAAUGCUGCUUUGACUGAAGCACAGACGGAGCUUGAAGGCCUAAAGCAAGACCUUGCACAUGAGAAGAUGGCCAAGGCUACUGCGCAGGCUGAACUAGAGACCGCAUUGAACAAGAAACCAGAUACAUCUGAAGUGGAUGCUCUUCGUGAGGAAUUGCAGACCUUGAAGACACAGCAUCAAGCUUCCCUCAUGACAGCCCAGCAAGAAUCUGCCAAAGCUACAGAGGAGCAUCUGGCCACCAAAUCGGCAUUACAAACUGCUAAAGCUGAGCUCGACCGACAGAAAGCCGAGAGCGAGUCUGAUUACAAGGAUAUGCACGAGUCUUUGACACAGCUUGUCGAAGAAGCCAAUAAGAAAGCCGAGGACGCUGAAGCUCGUCUGAAAGAAGCAGAGGCUCAUCUCAAGGUCAAGGAUGCAGAGCUUGCGGAAGCAAAAACAAAGGCAGCACCCCCAGCUGAGAGCAAAGUGUCUGGUUUAGCUGCCAGCAAAUAUGCCGAUGAAUCAGAAUCGGGUGAAGCUGCCACAGCACCCGUCCCAGAAGUGGCAGAAGCGAAAGCUAGUGUCACCCUGCAGCAAUUGGACCAAAUGAAUGAGGAUUUGCGGCAGGAUAACCUAAGGUCUCUCGAAUCGAUCACAGAAACCUCUUCCUCCGCCGUUGCUGUGUAA